ACUUGGUGAAAUACUAUACUAAGCUUCUUUACUGAAAAAUGGCCACUACGGAUGUUCUUAACCGAACGAUAGAAAACAAAACACUAGAUUAUCAAGACAACUAUGAAGCUUAUAUCAUUGCUGAAAAUGUUCAGAAGUAUUCAAAACCUAUCAUUUGUCUUUGCGGAUUCAUUGGCAAUUUUCUGUCUGCCGUAAUAUUUCUUGGAAAAUCUCAACGAAAAACGUCAUGUAGUUUAUAUUUAUGUGCUCGAUCGUUAUCAGAUACGGGAUUCUUGAUUUCCCUUUUUUUCAUGUGGUUAGGUGAUAUGAAGAUUAAUGCUUUUAAAGCUACAGGAAUGUGCCAACUCAUUGUAUUUUUGUCUUAUGUGUGCUCAUUUCUAUCAGUGUGGUUUAUUGUGAUUGUAACGUUUGAGAAUUACAUAAGAAUAUGUUUACCGUUUCAAGUUAGUAUCUAUUGCACAACGAGAAAAGCAAAUGUGAUAACAUUCCUCUUCAUCGUGCUAUCUGUUUUAUUAUACAGCUUCACAAUAUGGACAACGGGUGACAAAAUUACAGACACGGGAAUGUCGAUGUGUGAACCAUUUACAGAAUACGGGGACCUCUUUCAAUAUUUCAUAUACAUUGAUAUGGUAAUAACACUUGUUCUACCUACACUUAUUACCAUCACUUUGAUGUUGCCCAUCACCUUUAGUCUUGUAGAAGCUUUGCGACGACAGGCGAGACUGACUGGAAAGUCAUCUUCAAGAAACAAUGACCGACGAAUUUCAAAUCCUCAAAGUAAAGUAACAAAACUAUUAUUUUGUGUCUCUCUCGCCUUCAUUAUCUUAAGUCUUCCAAGUCAUAUAAUACGUUUACAACUUACCAUAUCGACAUUUGUAGAACAAAUAACGACUCCGGUUGAUACUGUUACUUCAACAUGGAAAUAUAUAUUUGAAUCGCAUAUACGACAGAUCAAAAACUAA